AUGGAUAUAAGAGUGCGGAGAGAUGUUCAAGAAGCAGAAAGACUAACAUACAUGCGUCAUAUAUCUACAGGUUCUAUACAAAGUGACAAUAAUGACGGAGUUAGAGAAAAACGUGAAAUACACGAUAAAAAAUCCUCUAAAGCUAACACAACAAGAAAUAAUGAUUGGAGAAAUACUUACGUAUGGAGCAAAAUCAAAAGUUACAGAAACGAACGAAAUAACGCAUCCCGUAAUAUUAAACCGCAAUCCGGUUAUAAAAACGGUACCCGAAGAUAUAAAAUGCAACAUACAAUUAUGCCAAGAUAUAAUAUGACUGGUUUUAAAUCCGGUACUCUAUAUCCCGGAUCCCACUACAAUUCAACAGCUUAUAACAAACAUAUAUUGCAGAAUAUUAAAACAAAUACCGGUAAUAAUACCGGUGGUACUUUAACAAAUGCAUUUGUUCCUGGAAACGGGACUUCAACACCUGGACGUGACAUAAUACCGGCCACACCCGGUCAUAGGAAUAAGUCGGGUGUUAAUGGGACGAAAACAAGGGUCCAUGCUUGCGUGUUGUGUAAAAUUCCAUGUCCAGUUGGAAGACACAGGGACGAAUCGGGUUUGUACUGUAUAUCAGAUGACAUGGAAUAUUAA